AUGGCUUCUUUUGGGUCCAUCAAGCGAACAAUUUUCGACAAACAAUCAAGAAAACAGCAGUAUCAGGAUCAUAUACGAGGGCUCAAUGCCUACGAACGCCACAAGAAAUUCGUGGAUGAUUACGUUGGUUACUAUGGGAAACAGAAGUCCACUGAAGGAACAUUGCCUGUUAAAACCGAUCAAGACACCCUUAGAGAAGGAUACAGGCAGAGUCCAUUUCUAACUCUAUUUGAUUUUAUACAUUUAGUUUCCAUAAGGUUCAUAAGGACAGAAGAAGAUGACAUGAAUCCUUCUUGGGAGCAAAGGCUGGUGAAGCGCUACUACGACAAGCUCUUUAAGGAGUACUGCAUAGCCGAUAUGUCUCAGUACAAGACCGGCAAGAUUGGUCUAAGAUGGAGGACAGAGAAGGAAGUGAACUUUUCCUAUUUUGAAGCUGGAGAAAACAAGCAGGCCUUGGUGAAAUUAGUAGCUUGUGAGAGAUGCGCAAAGAAGCUCUACUAUAAGAAACGGAAAGAGGAGGAACAACUGAAACUAAAGGAAAAUGACAAACGCCAGAAGAAAAGGGACCGCUCUGAAAAUGAUGAGGAUACAGGUAGUGACUAUGGCAGAAGCAAAGAGAGGAACAAAGAAUUAAACCAGGAUUAA